AUUCAGGACCAUGAUCUGUUGGUUGGUUGUACACAUGUAAUUAGUUCGAUCCUCUGGUUCCUCUCCCGUCGCCGUUGUAAAUGAUACAUUUCGGGCUAAACCUGCAUUGAUUGGAUCUCAAUAUGGAAUCAUAACAUCUCUUCAAGACGAUACAACAUACAUUACAGAAAUGACAAAGAGGAAUGUACUAAUAUCAUUGGCAAUUUUGUCUUUUAUCGCCUGUAUUCUUAUUAUGUCUGAGUAUUUGAACUUAUUCGAAGAUGGAGCUGGAUUCAGUUAUGUCCAAGUCUUAUCAAAGGAGGCGAAGAGAUUGCAUACAAAAGGCAUUUCAGAAGAAAAUUCAUCUUUGAAUAAAAACACCUCAACAGAAAACGCAAUCACCACUCAACGGGAAGAAUCAAGAUACGGCCGUGUUGUCCAUGGAACAGAUCACGUCAUCAUCUAUAACAGCCUUCCGAAAUGUGGGAGUAGAACUUUUGGUUCUGCAAGCCGAAUGCUAUGGAAACAUCGAUCCAUCCACAUGGCUAAAAUUUCAUUAAGAAAACAUGAUAACCGGUACCCGAAUGAGAGGGAGAUAUUGGAGUUCAUGGAGAGCAUUGAAGCACCUACAUUUUGUCAGGGCCACGGAUACUUUGCUACUUCUGAUCAUAUUCAGAGUCCUGUGCAUAUCAACUUCAUGAGGGACCCGGUUUCACGAAUGGUUUCUGCUUUCUACUACACUCGUUUCGGUGAUAAUAAUAGAAAAAGAAGAGCACAUCCGGGACAUACCACUAAGGUGAUUUACCGGUUCCAUGAAAUUUGCUCCGGCGACGAUUGCUCCGCAUAAUCGAGGUGUGGGGGAGUACUUACAAGAGUAGCUUAAAUUGUAUAUUUUACACCCAAAAAAUGGCAGUACGUGCCAUCACAUUCAGUGAGUGGCGAGCUCAUACACGUGUAUUAUUUCAGAAUUUAAAGAUCCUAAAUGUAUUUGAAAUGCACAAUUUAUCUAUAUGUACCUUCAUGUAUGACCUGGGUAAUAAUAACUUACCUCACUCUUUAGUAGAUUAUUGCGAUGUAAUAGAGCAUAGAUACCCAACAAGACAAAAAGAAGGUCGACAAGUACAUUUACCAAAAUUACGGACUACUCAAGGACAAUUCUCUCUAUCUUUCUUAGGAAGUGAUUACUGGAAUAAUGUACCAUUAGCCAUCAAACUAAAAGUAUCCAGAAACGAUUUCAGGAAUUCAUUACAAAAUCAUUUAUUAAAUCAAUAACUUAUCAUAUUGCUCUGUAUAUAACAUAAAAUGUUACACUCAUAAUUUUAUUUUGUUUUUUUGUAGUUGUUGUGUUUUAAAAAAAAACAUACUUUAAAGUUCAAUAUUCGCCUAUAUUACUAAUAUGUGUAGGGGCCAGGCUCGACUAGCACUUGUGCUAUUUUCUGGUCCCUUUUAUCAGCUCUUAACAUAUACAUGUAUGUUUCAUUUCUGUAAUAUUUAUAUGCAUGACAUAAUAAUGUAAUAUGUAAACAUCUGUAAAUAUGUUGUUAUCGUUGGUG